CGCCCGCCUUGUCUUUGCCUUGCCUGCCCUCCCGAUCCCUCGCACCCCCCUCCCGCUCCAAUAGGCAGGCUUGUGAGCGCGGCGAACAUGGCGGCGGCCGAGGCAGUGGGGCGGGACACUCUACCUGAGCACUGGUCCUAUGGCGUCUGUGGGGAUGGCCGGGUCUUCUUCAUCGACGACCUGACCCGCUCAACUACUUGGCUGCAUCCUCGCACCGGGGAGCCCGUCAACUCAGGCCAUAUGAUCCGCUCAGAUCUUCCCCGUGGCUGGGAGGAGGGAUUCUCCGAAGAGGGAGCCAGUUACUUCAUUGAUCAUAACCAGCAGACUACAACAUUUAAACAUCCUGUGACUGGCGAGUUUUCUCCUGAAAAUGUUGAAUUUAUUUUACAAGAGGAGCAUAAUUUGCAUGUGUCCAGGAAUCGGUUAAACCAAAGACCCUCAAGCAUGGUCAGUGAAACAUCUACUGUAGUAACUACAUCCACUGUAGAUAUAAAGCCCAGCUCUAAGGUGGUAAAAUCUGGCAAUAAAAUCCAUAGUUUUGGAAAAAGGGAUCAUGCUAUAAGGAGGAACCCUAAUGUCCCUGUUGUUGUGCGAGGCUGGCUUCACAAGCAGGAUAGCUCUGGAAUGAGGCUAUGGAAAAGACGAUGGUUUGUGCUUGCUGAUUAUUGCUUGUUUUACUAUAAAGACAGCAGAGAAGAGUCUGUUCUUGGAAGUAUACCAUUGCCCAGCUAUGUAAUAUCAGCAGUUGGACCUGAAGAUCAUAUAAACCGCAAGUACUCCUUUAAGGCUGUCCAUACAGGCAUGAGGGCAUAUAUCUAUAAUAAAAGUUCUGUUAUUGGCUCUCAGGCAGAACAUUCAGGGAUGCGCACAUACUACUUUAGCGCAGAUACUCAAGAAGAUAUGAAUAGCUGGAUCCGGGCUAUGAAUCAAGCUGCCCUUAUGCAAAGCUGUUCAUCGCCAAAGAGAGAAACAGAAAAAAUAGAUCAGCAAGCUGUUCCUCAAGCCAAUCAUGUGGAUGCCUGCAAAGAAUGUGCAAAGUUAAGUCCCACUGAUGCACAAAGAAGUUAUAGAAAAUCACUUGAAAGCUCUAGAUAUGGAAAGCAUGAAGGGAUGAGGAGAGCAAGAGAAGAUGACUGUAACACAGUCAGAAAGGACACCGUAGAAUCCAAGGGAAGGAAAUCUAAACAUCCAUUGAUGUCAGAGAGUGGCACUCUGAAUCCUGAAGUAACAGUGUCUCGAUCCCAAGUUGCUCCGCUUGUUGAGAAGAAUGGAUUGCUUUCCAGUUCAUUAAAUACAACUACUGGCCCAGUGGAGCAGAAUGGUACUGGGUUUUAUAAACGAGGAUUUGUUCCCAGACCAACUCAAGAUAAACAGAAACAAAGGAAGCACAACAUGGCUCAUAUAGAGCACUGGGUAAAAGUCCAAAAAGGUGACACAAAAAGUCUUGCAUCUGAUCAGAUUUGCCAAGUUCCUAGUCAUUCUGUCUCAUUUCCUGAAAAUUAUCACACCUUGCCAAAGAAUGCCAGGCAACCUUCAGGAAAUUCGCCUCCCCCAAAUCGCAAUUUGCCAAGUGAUUACAAGUAUGCCCAAGACCGAGUUAGCCAUCUGAAGAUGUCCCAUGAUGAGAGAAGGGCUAAUAAAGAUGGUACUGUAUGGCAACUAUAUGAGUGGCAGCAGAGGCAGCAGUUUAAACAUGGCAGUCCAACUGCCCCUAUUUAUGUAGUUUCUCCAGACUUUACAGACCAUGGUAAAGGAAGAAGUUCGCUAGAUAUUCCACGUUCCGUUUCUGUUCCUCCAUCUCCUUCUGAUAUACCUCCACCAGGACCCCCUAAAACCUUUCUACCCCGGAGGCCACACACUCCUGCAGAAAGGGUUACUGUCAAGCCAUCUGAUGAGAGACAAAUGUUAGACAUUUCUUUUGUGGGAUCACCAAAGAAGAUUCGAAAUCAUACAAUAAAGAAAUCAGCACACACAGACAGACGAUCCAUGCCUGCGAUGGGAUAUAUGACCCAUACUGUAAGUGCUCCAAGUUUGCAUGGGAAAUCGGCUGAUGAUACCUACAUCCAGCUGAAGAAAGACCUGGAAUAUCUGGAUCUAAAGGUAACAGGACGUGAUACAAUAAAAGAACGAAAUAUAAAGCCUAUCAAGAUUGCAGAAAGCGAUAUUGAUGUGAAGUUAAGUGUUCUCUGUGAACAAGACAGGAUCCUGCAAGACUUAGAAGACAAAAUAAGAGCUCUUAAGGAAAACAAAGAUCAGUUAGAAUCUGUCUUAGAAGUAUUGCACAGGCAGAUGGAACAGUACAAAGAACAACCACAACACACAGAGAAAAUUUCAUACCAGCAAAGACUUUUGCAGGAGGAUCUUAUACAUAUUCGGGCUGAAAUAUCCAAAGUAUCUACAGAAAUGGAAAAUGCCUGGAAUGAAUACCUGAAAGUAGAAAAAGAUGUCAACCUGCUAAAGCAAGCCUUACAAGAACAGAUGAAUAGAUCUUUUUUCUCUCAGGAGAGAACACAAAUGCAGAAAGAUUUAUGGAGAAUUGAAGAUGUUACAGCUGGCCUAAGUGCAAAUAAAUCCAACUAUAAAGUCAUUAUAGAGUCUAUCAAGAAUCCAGAGAGAAAAACAGUGCCUUCAUUUUCUAAGCCUUCAGUGCCUUCAUUAACAUCUACUCUCACAUCAGCAAACAAACUUUCUACUCAGCGAAGUCCACCAUCUAGUCCUGUCAAAUCCUCUCUGGAAGUUAGACUCUUUCCUCAGCCUUACAUACAGCCUAGAAUGUUUUCUCCAUCUCAAGACCUGAAAAAAGUUGAGCGUUCAAUCCAGUCUUCUGUAAAAUUGAACCCAAAUGUUAAAGAUGAAGCACCACCACGACCGCCUCUCCCACAGUUGUAUAGUCCUGAUGACCACCCUCCGGCCAUCCCCCCUCUUCCCAGGGAAGCCACUGUAAUCAGGCAUACAUCAGUGCGAGGACUGAAACGUCAGUCAGAUGAAAGAAAACGAGACCGAGAACUAGGACAGUAUGUAAAUGGAGAUUAUAGAGUAGAACUCCGAUCAUACGUCAGUGAACCUGAAUUGGCAACAAUAAACAGUGAUCUGAGCCAACCUUCAUUUGGUUUUAUAGGUACUGAUAGCAGAUACCAAACAUUACCUAUCAGAGGAUUAUCUGGCUCAACUUCCAGACUGCAUCAGUCAACAACUUCGUCUUAUGCAACAUUUCGAAGAGAUGGUUCCAAGGAGAGACCAAAGAGUGCCUUGGAACGGUUAUACUCUGGUGACCACCAAAGAGGCAAAAUGAGUGCUGAGGAACAACUAGAAAGAAUGAAGCGACACCAAAAGGCAUUAGUUCGUGAACGCAAAAGAACUCUUAGUCAAGGAGAAAGACAAUCUGUCUCAUCACGACCGUUCAUCCGGCCUGUUUCUGCAGACAUUGGCUCAUGGAAGCGAGAGCAAGAAUUUGACUUACAGCUACUGGAAAGGGCAGUACGCCCAGAAGAAAAAGAGGAAAAUAACUGGUUAAAAGUUGAUCCUGUAUCAGUGACAGAAGAAGACAUAGAACCUCAACAUUACAACUUAGACAUUAGCAAAGAGUUAUCAAAACCUGAAAAGGUUGCAAUUCCAGAGCGUUAUGUUGACCUGGAGCCUGAAGAGCCUCUCACUCCAGAAGAAUUAGCAGCAAGGCACCGUAAGGCAGAGAAAAUAAAGAAUAUUCUUACUAAAUCAAGUAUGCACAACCUACAGCUUCCAGUUUCUCAGGACAAACACAACUCAGCUAAUUUAGAUUCACAGUUGCAAGAACAAGAACGCAUCAUUACCAUAUCAUACGCACUGGCUUCUGAAGCCUCUCAGCGGAGCAAGGAGGUGGCAGCUCCACAAUUGACCUACCAAUCUAAUGCACCCUCACCUUCUGUACCUCAACCACUCCCCUUAAGCAAUGGAUUUCACUACACAUUUGUCUAAACGCCUUAAAACAAAAGCAGUGACUGAUCGCUGAUAUCUCUAUUAACCAGCAAUGACUUGAAGGAGGACAACAAGGAAGAUAACAGACUUACCUUCAUUAGCUUCCUUUCAACCUUAAUCUUUCUUUGAACACAUUGUACAAAUAACUGCAAUGAGGGAUUUUCUACACAUACACAAGAGAACAAUUUAGUUUAUCUUUGAUCUGGACUUUUACAUAAAUAGCACUUUUAGUAUACUGUGUAACCUACUAACAUUGGCCACAACCCACCAUAUAGGUAAAUUCAUUCAUGCCCUAUUGAUUUCCAUAGGUCUUCAGGGUAUGCUGGAUUGUGGCCGGUGUAUUUUUAGAAACAGAAUAUAUAUUACAUUGGUUUUUUAAAAAAACACACACCAAGGGCUGCAUUCAUUUUUUAAAGUAUCCUUAAAUUCAAACGCAUGUUGUGAAGACAGUUUUUUUGCUUUUGUUUUUAAAAGGCAAUUUUUAAGUACAUGGUAGCAUUCACAUGAGAGUAAUGAGUAUUUUUCUAGUUUUUCAGAGUUGAUAAAGCCUUUGUGACCAGGAGUUAACAAUCAAAUGGAAUAUUAUUCAAGUAUUUAAAAUUUUGAUGUUUCUGGAAUCUCAUGUAAAUACCAAAAGGCAGAAAUAAAAUUUGCAAAUUGCUAUUAAUUAGUAAACUGUUUUUCUGUUAUAACUCUGACAUAGGCCAGUCCAAUAACGUAAUGCAGUUCUUUUUAGAAACACAUUUUUUAAACAAAGGUUCAGAAUAUUUAGGGGGCAAUUUAGUCCCACUGUAGGAAUAGUGCCCAUGCCCAGAGAACUCCCACAUGGAUUAACAGAGUUCUGGCUUCUUUUUCUCUCCUCAUCAAGGCAUGACCAUGUCAUUUGCAGAGAACACAGCAGGCCAUUAGAGGCUCUGAACUUCAG